AAAAUCAGCUGCAAAACAGAGUUUGUGCCACGCAAAAAAAAAGGAAAUAACAAAUUGAUUGUUGAAAGGACGUCCAGGAAUAUUUUUGGCCAGACAGAGAGAGCUACGUUCGCACAAGGUACAGGAGCAAACAGGCAGCAGACAUGUCUUGGCUGAACAACAGCCUCAACUCCAUCAAGGGCCAGCUGACGAAUCUGGCCCAGGAAGUGCUGGCCGACACUGCCGGACCAGGCGACGAGGAUUACCGCGGCGCGGAUACCGAUACAAAGACGGCCUUGGACCUGCUGGCGGAGUCGCAACACCAAAAGGAACAGCUGGACCAGCUCUGUGGGGACAAGGAUCGCGAGAUUGCUGCACUUCGGGGGCAAAUUACAAAACUGAAUAGCCAACAAAUUGGCGACGGAUUCGCCACACCAUCAUCAUCCGCAGCAGGAGCCGCCACAACAGCCGCAGAGCCUCUGAAACAGCCGCAGCGGAAGGCCGCUGAGGACCAGAAUGUGGAGGACAGCUGGGAGUGCUGGGAUGACGGCGCCGAGGGAUCCGAGGGACAGGGAGACGCCACAGCAGCCGGAACAGCCGGGACAGCAAACUCGGGGGCGGGACUCGUAGACAUAGCCCUGGGCAACAGCGAUGUGUCCCGCCUGAACGAUCGCAUCGCGGAGCUGGAGCAGCUCAACGCACAGUUGAACGCCUCGUUGGAGGAGCUGGACGCCCAGCACGAGCUGGCCAUGCGGGAUGUGCUGGGGCGCAAAGAGCAGCUGCAGCUGCAGGUGGGGGAGCUGAGGCAGCGGCAGGCGGACCGCAUGGUCGAGCACGAGAUGGCCAUUGCCCGGCAGCAGAAGCAGCUGGAGGAGCACAGCAGGGCGGAGAGUGCCCUGGCGGCGGCCAAGGAGGAGCUGCAGCAGAAGCUGGAGCAGCAGGCGCUGGAGCUGAAGCAGGGAGUGCUGGAGCUGGCCGGGAUGCAGGAGCUGCUGGAAAAGCGGGGCGCGGACAAUGGCGAGCUGAUCGAUCGCGUUCGCCUGGCCGAGGCGGAGCGGGAGAAGCUGCUCAAGGAGCUGGAUGACCUCAAGCUGGCCAAGGAGAAAAAGACCUCCGAGUCGUCCUCUAACAGCUCCUCCACCUCCACCAAGCACAGUGAGGACGAGUUCAUUGUGGUGCGACAGGCGGAUGCCACCUCCGGCUCCGGCUCUGGCUCCGAUCCAGACCCCGAUCCGGACCCCACGCAACCCCCGUCUAAGGAGAAGCUGCGCGACAAGCUCGUGGCCCUCGAGUCGCGCAUCGCGGAGCUCAGCCUGGCCAACAGCCAGCUGCAGGACGCCCAGCUGGAGAAGGAGCUCUCCUCCAGCCUUCUGGGCGAACAGCUGGCCGAGCUGGAGGCCCGCCUGCGCAUCAGCGAGGGCGAGAAGGAGCAGCUGCAGCUGGAGCUGCAGUUCAAGCUGCAGCAGCUCACCAUGCAGAACCAGGAGCUCAAGCUGAACGCCGAGGCAGAGCAGGAGACCCACACGCACGACUUGGAGCAGCAAAUGGACACCCUGCGCGCCGACAAUCGGCGACUGCGCCAGGAGCUGGACGCCAGCAUAGCCCAGGCCAAGUUCCGGCAGGCCAUUGCCGAGGAGAAGCAGGAGAUCACCGACCUGGACGACGCCGAGGCGGACGACGAGGACGAGCUGGAGAAGCUUCGGUCCCUCCUGCAGGCCCAGAUUGAGGACCGCCUGUCCACGGCAGCGCCGCAGCAGAGCCUGGAGCGGGCCUACCGCGUCCUAAGCGAGCGCUGGCAGCGCCUCGACGCCGCCGAGAAGCGGCUGCUGGAGCUGCAGGACCAGCAGCGGAUCAGCGAACACGAGAAGAAGACCCUGGAGGCAGACAUCUCGCAGUACAUUCUUCAGUGCGAUGAAAUGAUGAAGAAUAACGAGCUCCUGCUCAACGAACUGGACAAGUUCAAGCGCAACAAGCUGGAGACCAUCGAGGAGCACCACGAGGAAACCAUUGUCCAGCUGGAGGGCCAGCUGGAGGAGGCCAGGCGCCACCUUGAGACGGCGCACGAAGCCCAGAAGCGGCUCCAAUUGAAGCUGGAUGCGGAGGCGUCCCAGGCGGAGAAAGGGAAGGAGCAGGAGGACGACCGAGGCCAGAAGGAAGAGGAGCUGAAAGAGUGCCGUACCAGGCUUUCCCAGAAGGAGUCGGAGCUAGAAGAGAUGCAGCGGCAGGUGGAAGAGCUCCACGCUGCCCAGGAGCACCACAAAUCCAAUCUGGCGACGCUCCAGGACCAGAUCCAUGCCAAGGACGCGCAGCUGGAGGAGCAAUGCUUGCAUUUGGAGCAGCUCAAAGAGCAGAUCAAUGGCAAGGACGAGCAGCUGGGAGGGAGAGACUAUGAGCAAAUCUUUGAGCUGGAGAGGCUCACAGAACAGAUCCAGGCCAAGGAAGAGCAGCUGGAGAAGCAGGCCACUGAUCUGGAGCAGCUCACAGAACAGGUCCAGGCCAGGGACGAGCAGCUGAGCAGAUUUCAGCAGAGCGAGGAUAAGUUGAAGCAAAUGGUCCAGCAGACCUACGACAGCCUUAGCCAGGAGAAGAUAGAGCUGAUCCACGCGGUCCAGCAGAAGCACGCGGAGAACACCCAGUACUAUGAGGAGAUCCAGCGCCUGCAGCCUUUCGCCCAGCAGGUCGCCGAGCUGGUCCGCGAGCGCGAGACGCUGCAGGAGCAGGUGAGGAGAGUGCAGGAGCUCAAGGAGAAGUCGGACAUGCGCAUCACGAGUCUGUUGGCGGAGCAGAGCAGCCAGGCCCAGGCGGCCCGGGAGGCCCAGGAGCAGCAGGCAAGCGUCCAACGCGAUCUGGAGCGGCUGCGUGCCCAUCUCCUCGAGGUGGAGGAGCUGCACACCCAGGAGACAGUGGACCUGCAGCGCGAGCUGGACGAGUCGCGCACCAAGCUGACGGUCCUCCAGCAGGAGGUCUCCAAGUCGAGCACCGCGUACACUUCAGCCAGCAUUCGGGCGAACCAACAGGCGGAGACGCUGCAGACCCAGCAUGCCCUGCUCCAGCAGCAGCGGGACGAGCUGCUGGCCAAACUGGGGCAGUGCGAGGAUCGCGAGAUGAAGCAGCAGGCGGCACUGACAAAUCUGCAGUGCGCCCUGGAACAGUUCCAGAACGACAAGGAGCACGACAUUGAGAUGGCCACCCAGCGCAUCCGCCGCGAGAUGCAGGCCCACUUGGACAGGCAGGACCGACUGCAGGCGGAGAUGGAGGCCAUGCAGCAGCAGCUGGCGGAGGCCAAUCGGGGACUGCGGGCGGCGGCGCGCCUCUCCGACCAGCUGGAGGCGGGACAGCAGACGAUCGCCGUGCUUAGGGAUGAAGUGGAGAGCCUGAAGGAGGCGAACGACCAGCUGGAGAUGAGGCUCAACAGCAGCGAGAGCAGCCAGACGGACAAGAUCGACAAGAGCCUGAUCAAGAGCUUGCUGAUCGGCUAUGUGGUGAGCGGCCAUGCUGGGGACAAGCAGCAGGUGUUGCGCCUGAUUGCUUCUGUGCUGGACUUCACCGCCCAGGAGUCGGACAAAGUGGGUCUAAAUAAGCAGCAGAGCAGCUGGCUGGGAGCCAUACUCGGCGGUGGACCAGCGUCGGGGGGCUCAGGCCCGGGCCGCGGCAAUGAGAAUCUGGUGCAGGCAUUCGUGCAGUUCCUCGAGCAGGAGUCGCAGCCACAGACGGCGGCUCAGCUGCGACCGACCCUCCUUGGUAUGACUGGUCAGGUGGACACGGGGCCCCCGCCCCCACAUCCCCAGCCACACCCACACCCACACCCAGCGCAGGCAGCAGCAGGGCAUGCUGCCUCAGCAGUGCCUGCGGGUCAGGACCACGGCUCAGCGCCGCCACUAUCUCUUCCAGCAUCGGGAAUGGGCGCGGGUGCCGGUGCCGGUGCAGGACAGUCAGGACAGCUAACAAUAAGCUCCAAUGAAUUUGCACCCUCACGCAACUCCAGUUCGAUAUUAAAGGAUAUUCUCAGCGACUCCUGAUUCUUGUAGAAAGCCAGACUCCAUGGCCUGCUCUCCGCCCUUGUUUUUGAAUAAUUUUAACAUAUUUUUUUCUAUAUAUUUAAAUUGUAUGCGUGAAAUCUGUAACCCAAGCAUAUACCCAUGUUUAUAUCGGCAUAUAUCUCCGUUCCCCCAACUGUGCAAUGUCUGUGUAUGUGUGGACCAUUAGCAAUUUGUAAAUAUGUAAUAUCCAAUUUGAAUAUGCCUUGGCGGCGGAGGGUAUGCCUGUGCUUGCCUCCCGCCUGCCAUGGACACGCCUUCACAGGGGCCUUGCUAACAAGUAGCCUAGCCGCCAAUCAAUAAACGAAUCAAAAAACAAAAAAUAAACUACA